CCGAAAAUUGAGAGUAACAGACCGCAGUGUCAACGUGAUCUCAACUCAUAAAAGAAACCCCGAGCAAAAACGACUACGUAUCGAUGGACACUAAAUCCGGAUGCAUGUCGGUAUUUGUAGUUUUUUUAUCUCCACUGAAAGGCACCUCCACUCACGUAUAAACUACAUCUCCCAGACGGCUGUUGGAGUAACACCUUGCUGUCGGGGUUCACGUCCUGGAAGAGAGCAGAAGAUACUCAACAGGAGACUCGACGGCGAGAGGAAAUCGAAAGCUAACGCUGCUGUCAUCCAACCGGGAGCUCAGUAGCACAAGCCGUAUUCAGCUGGGAGCACUCUGUAAAGGCCAGCUUAUCUGGAACUUCUACAAUUUUGCCAUCGAGAGCCAGAAAGCAGCAGCAGCAGUGGCAGCAGGCCAUCACGAUUUUGGGUAUUUUUCGAUAUCUGGUGACUUUGGAACCAUCAGCAUGUCAACUUUCCGCUUCGGCCAGCACAUCAUCAGGGCUUCUGUAGUCUUCCAUCAGACUGAAUUGUCCUUUGCUUUGGUGAACAGAAAACCUGUCGUUCCUGGACAUGUGCUGGUGUGCCCACUGAGGCCGGUGGAGCGUUUUCGUGAUCUCCGUCCCGAUGAGGUUGCCGAUUUAUUCAAAACCACGCAGAAGGUGGCAGACGUCGUGGAGAAGCACUUUCAAGGCACGUCCCUGACUAUCUCCUUGCAGGAUGGCCCAGAGGCUGGACAAACUGUAAAGCAUGUCCAUGUCCAUGUGCUCCCAAGAAAAAUCGGAGACUUUGAGAACAAUGACAAUGUCUACGAUGAGCUUCAGAAACACGAUCAACAAUUAGAAGAUGUACCAGAGAAGUGGCGAACAGAAGAGGAAAUGGAAGGUGAAGCAUUUCAGUUGAGAAUGUACUUCAAUGAGCCUCAAAAACCACUUGUGGAAAGAAGAGAACAUGAAGGUCCACUCUAACAGCAUCCCCAAAUUUUUUAUUUUUAUUUUCCCUUCUGAUAUAAAGUCUACAAUAAAUAAACAAUUUGACAGACCAUGAUUUCCUUCCAUUGCCCUCCUCUGAUAAUCAAUUAAAAUACAACAGAACAUCAAA